GAAAGUCAGAACAGCAGUACGUUUGUGUGCAAGUUACUCUAAGAAACAGAACCAAGUUUGAUUUGAUUGACGCGAUUACACAAUAAAAAUGGCACCGCGCCUGUACUGCAGAGCGCGGGAAAUGAAAUUCGGCGAAAGCAAAAGGAAACAAAACCCAAACAAAACGGCGUCUUCUCUGCUUUCUGUCCGUUGUCGUUUUUAAAUUUUCAAAUUCCAAAGUUAUUAGUGUAACACUCUCACUCUCACUCUCACUCUCACUCGUUAACUGAACUGCCAUGGAAAACGCUGGCUAUUCACCGCAGAAGCAACCGCAAUCCGUGUUUUUGCCUAUUUCAGUUGAAGAAUCAAUAGACAAAAUCUGCUCAGAGAAGCAUGUACCGCCGUUAGGUCACCAGGCACGGUGUGAUUUAUCUUCAGUUGGUGAAGAGAAGGCUCUCGAAGUUAUCCGUACCAUCGCCGGUGAGCAAAUAAAGAGAACUUUCGACGGUUUUGUAAUUCACAUGGUUAAGAAAAUUACCGGUGCUGCUAAUUCACCGAUGAAACGCCUUUGCAUGUCUACGUCGUCUCCUAAUUCUCCUCAGCAACCGAGUCGCCGUCUCACGCCUACUCGGCUUAUGAUGCACCAUCACUGUGAAUCAGUUUCACCUGUUACUCCAAUUCCUAUGCACCUAGACGAAAAAUCUAGUGCUGGCUCGAAUUCAGUACCAAACGUUCAAAUAAGUCCACAGUUACAAGCCUUGGGUGAGCUUGAAUUCAGGAAGGCGUUUCUUAUACUGAGUUACAUUGGCCAAACAAGGUUGGAGGAUGUUUUAUCAGAAGGUGAAAUUCGAGGGAUGAAAUAUUUGUCAAUGGUUAGAUUUGAGGCUGAGAUUUAUAGAACUGUUGGUCAUAAAUGUGGUGUACAUGAAAGAGACCGUAGAAAGUAUCUUGAUUGGGAUUCUGGUAGAACGCAUACUUAUCACUGCCAUGUUUAUCCAGAUGGAAGUUAUAGGUUCAAGGGCCCCUAUCUAGCUACCAUCAGCAACUUUCUUCAAAGGGCAUUAGGAGAUGAGAAUGUCUUGCUGGUCAAGCUUGCAGAAGAAAGUACUUAUGGGAGAAGUUCAGCAACUAACCAUAGUGAAUACUAUGCCAAGUAUAGCUGGUUGGUGAGGGAAGGGAUUCCAGUAGGAUUACGUCGCUACCGAUUUUUUGUGUUCAAAGAUGGAGGCAAAGAAGAGAAGAAGAAAGACCCAACCACUUCACCUGUGAAAUGCUAUUUCAUUUGUGUCGAGUCUCAUGCAUCAAGUGAAAGUCCAGAUUAUAUUUUGUUUGGGAAAACAAUUCGUGAAGCUAGGUCUCUUUUCAUGAAUGUAGACACGUUGUCAAGUUUGUCCAAAUAUAUGGCUAGGUUUUCGCUCAUUUUGUCAAAGACUAUGAGCGUAGAAAUUGAUUGGUCAAGUGUAAAUAUUGAGAGAAUUGAUGACAUACCAUGUCAGGAUGGCAAUGGUAAAGUUAUUGAAGAUAAAGAUGGAAAGCUUCUUAUACAUACUGAUGGAACUGGGUUUAUAUCGGAGGAUUUGGCUUUGAAAUGCCUAGUAGUAUAUAAGGGAAAAUGCAUCAGUAGUACCAAUACUAAGCCCCUGCUGAUACAAUUCAGGCUAUUCAACAAUGGUAGUGCUGUCAAGGGAACUUUCCUUGUUAAGAAGAAGCUUCCUCCUGAAACAAUGCAGAUCAGGCCCUCGAUGAUUAAAGUUGAGCCGUCAACAUCAAAUAUUAACACAAAAAGUUCUCUGGAGAUAGUUGGAACGAGCAAUCGGCCAAAGAGAGCAUAUCUGUCAAGAAAUCUUAUUGCACUUCUUAGCUAUGGUGGGGUUCCUGAAAAGUUCUUUAUGGACAUAUUGGAAAAUACUUUGCUAGAUGCGCAAGGUGCUCUCUCGAAAAAGCGCACAGCUCUAGGAGUUGCUGCCAACUACGGUGAGAUGGAUGAUUUCAUUGUGGCACAAAUGAUUUUAUCUGGUAUUCCCCUUGAAGAAUCAUACUUGCAACAGCGUCUGCGUGCAUUGAUGAAGGAGGAAAAGAAAAAUCUUAAAGUGGGAAAACUUCCUGUGCCUGAAUCUUAUUAUUUAAUGGGGACUGUUGAUCCUACUGGACUCCUAGAGAAGGAUGAAGUUUGUAUUAUAUUGGAUAAUGGGCAUGUCUCUGGCAGGGUGUUAGUAUACCGAAAUCCCGGUUUACAUUUUGGUGAUGUACAUGUUCUAACAGCGACAUAUGUGAAGGCUUUAGAAGAUUUUGUAGGAAAUGCAAAAUAUGCUAUAUUCUUUCCUUGUAAAGGACCACGAUCUUUGGCAGAUGAGAUAGCUGGAGGCGACUAUGAUGGUGACAUGUAUUUUGUUUCUCGAAAUCCUGAGCUGCUGGAAUACUUUAAACCGAGUGAACCUUGGAUAUCUUCUUCUUUACCCUCUAAUGUGUCAACCAAAAAACCAAGUGAGUUUCCUGAUGAGGAUUUGGAGGAUGAACUUUUCAAGUAUUUUUUGCUGACCAGGUUUCAGCCAAGCUACACUGUGGGUGUGGCAGCUGAUAGUUGGCUGGCAAUAAUGGAUCGGCUCCUUACAUUGCCGGAUGAUAGUGAUGAGAGACUUUUCAUGAAGAGAAAUAUGUGCCGGUUGAUUGAUAUAUACUAUGAUGCUCUUGAUGCACCGAAAAAAGGCGGGGCAAAGAUUGAAGUUCCUGAAGAUUUGAAAGCUGAUAUGUUCCCGCACUAUAUGGAAAGGAAUGAAGAUAUAUCUUACACAUCUACUUCUAUUCUUGGGUUAAUUUAUGAUAAAGUAAAAUCUUAUCAGGAAGAUGAAGAAUCAUCAAAGACAGAAGUUUGGAAACUUCCUUAUUUUGAGAACCAAGUCUCUGCAUCAUCCCGUCUGAAGUGGGAGCAACUCUACGGCCAGUACAGGCAAGACAUGACAGCUGCACUGGACCGUAACAUAGAUAUAAACAGAGAAUUGAAAAACGAAUCUGCUGAUGAAGUCGUCAAAAAAUACAAACAGCUACUGUACGAGGCUCCUGAGUUUGAAGAGAGCAAAAGGCCAAUUGCUGACGUUUUCGAGGACGCCCUUGCUCUUUAUGAGGUAUGCUAUGAUUAUGCUAAGAGCCGAGGAGAUGUUUCAAGAUGUGGAUUUGCCUGGAAACUAGCGGGUCGAGCUCUGUGCAAAUAUUACAUCAUAAGUCAGAGUGAACAUAGUAUAACCUGUGUUCCUUCUGUUUUGAAGGAGAUGUUUGGUUAAACCAGGUAUAUUGUAAAAUGAUAUAGUAAUGUAGAAUGUCUGUAGGUUAAACUUAAAUUAAACCAAUGUUAUGUAGUGUACAAUUCUAUCUAUAUUAUUUAUCUUCCCGUCUUAUUGUCCA